GCUCAGUGGCUAAGUGCCCCUGGGUUCAAUUCAAGCCCUGGUUUCAAAAGAAAAGAAAAAAAAAUGGCAAAGUAGUGACUUCUAGGAGUGACAGCACUUCUUUCACUGUGAUUAGACACCUCUCCUCUCCUCCACCCACCACUGAAGGGGAGCCCAGGAGCCUGUCUUUCCAUCUCCAGGAUGGGGUGCUCUGUCUGGGGUCCACCGUGGGGAGGGAUCCAGGAGCCACUGGAGAACUGGCCUUUUGGCCUCUUUGUGAAUCCUCUUGGCACAGCCUUUGAACCUGAGUAGUGCACUGUGCACGUGGGGUGAAGCAGGGAAGGAUGUUGUUCCCUGGGUGGGGACAGUCACAGCCAAGCCUCAUCCCCUUGACCCAGUGCAGUGGGGCUGUGAGCCCUCUGGCUGGGUAUUCCAAGGUGUCUGCUGGCCCACUGCCAGGGCCUCGGGAGCUCCUCCGCCCAGUGAGAGGGUGCAUUUGGAGACAGACAGCACCGCCCACCUCCCUGUGCUUAUUUCCUUUCUAAGGCUGGUGGGUGUCCUGGUUGUGGGGAGCUGGGGCAAAAGGAGAGGGCAGCUUCUGGUCAUGGCUGGUGAGGCUCACUCCCUGGUAGUCCCCUAGGAGCCCUCCUCAGGACUCUGGCCCUCUGCCCUGAGCCUGUUUCUAGGCCAGUGGGUCAGUGCAGGCCACUUGCCUCUGAGUGCUUGGCGUCACAGGGAAGCUUCAUUGGAACCCCUAAUCAGCAGGCUGCAGAAAUGCCUACUGCCCCUGGCAGUGCAGGAAUAAAGGGUAUCUACCCUUUAGUGACUUAGAGGCAUGAAUGUCCUAUAAACCCUGUGCAGCUGGAAAGAGACAGAGCCCGGCUUUGGUGCCUGAUCUGUGAUGUGAAGGGAGAGAAGGCAGAGGGUUGGAAAGGCCUGCUGUCCCACAGGUGGAAGGAAGGCUUCUGCCAAGCAGGCCCGGAUGUGGACACAGGUGGAACUGAGGAGGGCAGUGGGCCAGCGUCCUGGGUUCACUUUCCUGUUUCACUGAGACCGUCCACACAUGGGCUUUCUAGGCCUGGGUUUUCUCGGUUUGAAAACGAAUCCAAAGUGACCUAGUGAGCUGUGUUUGUGGCUAAAGUGUCAUCGUGACUGCCUUCACCCUUUUCACCGAGCUCUGGAUGCGUAGAGGAGGGGCCAGAAUGCAGCAAUGGCCCUUGGCAAGAGAGCUGAGGACUCCGUUCCUCGUGAUAGGCCCCAGGCAGGAGGCACUGCCUGUGGACCCUGCGUGUGUAAGUGUGAGCUGUUUGGAACUCUCACGCCUAACUGCCGUCUCUGCCGUGGGUAAAUGUGGACGGUGUCGGGUUCCUUCAGUGGUCUGCGGUGCUUACAGAAGUCCCCGGGCUGGGUCUCCUCCUCCGGGUUCCAGGAUCCUGCCUUGACAAUUCUUGUCCAUUAGGUCAGGCUCCUCCAUCACCCCUCUGGAGUCCCUCAGCUAGAUCGGUGACUCUGGAACCCUCCGUCAGGGCCAGGUCAUCACGCCCACAGGGUUCUCCUCUGGGGGCUCACUGCCCUCCUGGGGUCUCCUCUGCAAUGCCAUCGCCCUGCCAGAAGUCGCCCCCUCAGGUCUCCACCCCUCUGCAGUCUCCAGUUGGGUCAUCCCUCUCAGGAGCCCCGCCGUCCCUGUCAUCGCAUCGCUUUUCCGUCAGUCUUGUUUCUCUCCUAGGGGUCCUUUCAUUCUGAAGACACCUGGACUUUUUGUUUGUCUGUUUUAGUCGUAGUUGGACACCAUACCUUGAUUUAUUUCCAUGUGCUGCUGAGGAUCGGACCCAGGGCCUCACACAUGCGAGGCGGACGCUCUACCACUGAGCUCCAGCCCAGCCCCCUGAAUAGUUUUUAUUCCCAGGAGUUCUUUGGCCCUUGGUGCUGUUUUAAACAGGUUUCCAUCCCCUCUCCUGGUGAUGACUGCUCUUUAUCCAUCAUUUGCCAGACGUCGUGGUCCUGGUCUCCCAAGCAUUUGCCAUGGCUUCCAACUUCUGCAGGCUGCUGCCUCUCAGCCUCCAAAUAGGCCUCAUUCCUUCUGGGGGAGCAGGUGUGGUGGGGCUCGACUGUACUCCAGCCAGGCGUGUGCUGGGGGCUCUGCUGGGAGGUGCUCUCUGCUCUCAGGAGUCCAGCAUCUUUCCUCCCAGGCUGGACAUCUUAUCUCCUGCCAAGAGGGCCCCAGUGCUCUGGGGUCAGGGGUGAGUAGGUCCUGAGCCUCCUUGGCCUUUGCCCACGUGGCUCUGUGCAGCAGGUCAGAUCCCGCUUGGAUCAGCACCCUGGCUCUGCGGUUCUCCCUCCAGCUGCUCUCUGAGCCCUGUUCUGGGCCUCCUGCAUUUCUUCUUCUCUUGUCCCUUACUCUGUGGGCAGAUCUUCGAGAGUCUGGCGCUCAGCCUGCAUCCCUCCCCUUUCCUACAAGGAUUUCUAACUUACGGGAGCUGUAGCUCUGUGUGCUGCCUCUAAACCAUCCCGAGAGCCGCCCAGUGUCUCCUUGUGUGAGAGCGAGCUGUGAAGCAUCUCCAUGGCUGGGCAGUGUCCCAUCCUGUGGUUGUACCAUAAUCCUCACAGCGACCACCUAGCAUUUCUCCACUUGAGCUACUGUGGGUGGCCCAGGUGGCUUCGCAGCAUCCAUUAGUGUCCUUGGAGAGAAUCCUGCCUGGGAGUGGGUAACCAGGAGUUGGAUGCUGGGAUCAAAACAAGAAAUCCCAGGGCUUCUUUCUUUAAUCAGUCUGGAGAAGGACCCGGAGUGCCCUCUUCCAUGUGUUUAGCUGCCCCCACCUGCACACAGGCGAGCUCUGUGGCAGCUGCUGGCUGGCAGCGCCCCCUAGUGGUUCCCUGUUUCAGGACGGCUCCGCGCCUGAGCUGGGCUAGGCAUCUUGUCACAGUGGGGCAGACCGCUACAGGAAGUAGAGGGGCAGAGGUGGGGCAGGCCUGUGGUUCCAGGGGUGUAGGAGGCCGGGCAGGAGAGUCACAAGUUCAAGGCAGCCUGGGCAACUUAGACCCUAGGCAACUUAGCAAGAGACUGGGGAUGUAGUUCAGGGGCAGAGGCCCUGGGUUCAAUUCCUGAUACCAAAAAAAAAAAAAAGAUUGUGGAGAGAAGGGCGUGGAAACUUACAGAACUGUAGGCUGUGCUCGCCCUCCAGGCGGCAUAGCCAGUGCUCCAGGAGCUAGACCCCAAGGACAGACUUCAGGGACCCGCAUUGGAGGGAGGAGGAAAAGUAGGCAGCCCUGAGGGACAGUGGGCAGGUGGGCCCCUCUUCCCCUUGCUGUUGGGGGCUGAGGUGGCCGUGUGUUUGGGUUUGAGGCAGGGCCUUGCCACAGUGAUGAAGUGGCCUUGAACUCACAACCCUCCUACCUCCGUCUCCCGAGCCACUAGGAUCACAGAUAUGGGCCACUGUGCCUGCCUGUCCUUCCUUCUUCUUGAGAGAGGAGAGGAGGAGAGGCCUCCGGGGAUGAGGAGACACAGGUGCCAUGCGCUCUGUCCCGUGGAGGGCAUGGUCCCUCCAGGUAGGGAAUGGCUCCUGUGGCCGUGUGCUGUGGUUCCCACAGCUCCCUUCCUCUUUGUCCCACCCGCCGUGGCCACCCCCUGGGCCUCCCUAGCCAUCCUUGUGCUGCCCCCAAGUAGCCACCUGGGAGUAGGGGCUCUCACGUGACCUCCAUGCCCACAAACCGGUGUGGUUCCCCGCUGCCCACAGUCACCUUCAUACCCAGGCUCCUGUCCCCACUACCUCGUCCUCUCUGCUGGAUAGGCACAUACCAGGACAGUGAGGCAGCCCAGUGCUCCUCAGAGGCCUCUGGGCACACCACCUGGGCAGGGACAGGCUCGAGAACCUGCUUCUGACCAGUCCCUGCAGUACUGAUGCUGCUGUGUGGAGCGUGCCUGGGGAGCAGCCUGGCCUUCCUGACCCUGGCACUGUGCACCCUCGCUGAGAGCCCUGCCCAGCUCUGGGGUGCCCACGCCUGCCUUUCAGUGGCCUUGGUCUCAGCCUGGGUUUCAGGUCCUGAGUCGGUGCGUGUCACACACCUACGCCGUGCGAGGCCAACGGGGUUCCCUGCGGGGUGCAGGCCCGUCUGUCCCACCCACAGCUCAUGUGGCACUAAGGUGGCAGAGACCUGAGGGGUGAGGCUGCGGGUCAGUGGCCACAGUUGUGUGUCCUGUUCAGCUCCUUCAUCCUGCCUGCCUCCUGCCCCAGGCCGUGUGCCUGCAGUUCCUCCUGUCCCCAGGGCAGGACCCUGUGUGCUACCUCAGGCCGGGCUCAGGGCCUGGGCUGGUGGUGUGAGCCUUCCUGUCACAUGGGUGGUACGCCUGUUGGGGUCUGCUAUGCUUUGAGCACCUGUCACGCCCUGCAGAUGGGGCUCCGAGGCACCCCGCGGGGUCCUGCACCCUGUGGUGAACUAGCUAGGCUUGCUGGGCGGAUGCCCUGUGGCUGCUCCGAGGAAGCCUUGGUGCCCAGGCCCCGUUCACACCCACGUCUGCUGCAGAUGCUGGACGAGAACCACCACCUGAUCCAGUGCAUCCUGGACUACCAGAGCAAGGGCAAGACGGCGGAGUGCACCCAGUACCAGCAGAUCCUGCACCGGAACCUGGUCUACCUGGCCACCAUAGCUGACUCCAACCAGAACAUGCAGUCGCUGCUGCCCGCCCCGCCGACCCAGAACAUGAACCUGGGCCCCGGAGCACUGAGCCAGAGCGGUUCCAGCCAGGGCCUGCACCCCCAAGGCAGCCUCAGCGACGCCAUCAGCACAGGCCUGCCCCCGGCCUCCCUCAUGCAGGGCCAGAUCGGCAAUGGUCCCAGUCACGUGUCCAUGCAGCAGACGGUGCAGAGCACCCUGCCCACCACUUCCAUGAGCAUGUCUGGCAGUGGCCACGGCUCGGGACCUGGUUACAGCCACUCGGGACCUGCCUCUCAGAGCGUCCCGAUGCAGGGCCAGGGCGCCAUCAGCAACUAUGUGUCUCGGACCAACAUCAACAUGCAGUCCAACCCAGUCUCCAUGAUGCACCAGCAGGCGGCCACAUCCCACUACAGCUCUGCGCAGGGCGGGAGCCAGCACUACCAGGGCCAGUCGUCCAUGGCCAUGAUGGGCCAGGGCGGCCAGGGCAGCAGCAUGAUGGGGCAGCGGCCCAUGGCGCCCUACCGGCCCUCCCAGCAAGGCUCUGCGCAGCAGUACCUGGGCCAGGAGGAGUACUACAGCGAGCCCUACGGCCACAGCCAGGCCGCCUCGGAGCCCAUGAGCCAGCAGUACUACCCCGAGGGCCACAGUGACUAUGCCUACCAGCAGUCGUCCUACUCGGAGCAGAGCUACGAGCGCUCCUUCGAGGAGUCCACACAGCACUACUAUGAGGGGGGGAACUCCCAGUACAGCCAGCAGCAGGCUGGGUACCAGCAGGGCACCGCCCAGCCGCAGACCUACUCCCAGCAGCAGUACCCCAACCAGCAGAGCUACCCCGGGCAGCAGCAGGCCUACGGGCCUGCCCAGAGUGCCCCCUCACAGUACUCCAGCUACCAGCAAGGACAAGGCCAGCAGUACGGGGGCUACCGAGCAUCGCAGACGGGACCCUCUGCCCAGCAGCAGCGGCCUUAUGGCUAUGAGCAGGGCCAGUACGGAAACUACCAGCAAUGAAGGACCCAUGUUCUUGUUGGAGCCUGGUGGGAGUGUGUCUGGGCGCUGGACAGCUGUGGUGGUUCUGAUGAACUGUGCCGUGUUGCUGGCCCCUUGCCCAGCGCCGUGCCUGCAUGUGAACGAGCCCACCUUAUGCUGGGUACGAAGCCACCUGCACCUCUGGCGCAAAACAGCACUGUGCCGAGACCUGGGGUGCCGUGUGUGGUGUUGUAUGUCAGUGCGAUGGAGCAGUUGUCCCAUUUCUGUCCCCCACCCUCUUUUCCGUGUUCCUAGCUAGUUUUGGGGGUCAUCUCAUCCUCAGUGUUCUGUGCCUGGCGAUGGGACAUAGCUGAAGGGUGCCACGGUCCUCGUGUUCACGUGAGCAAGCUGGGUCUGCUCCCUCCUGUUGGGUGUGCUGUGGCCGGAGCAACUCCUGCUCUGGCCACUGCCUGCUGCCCUCGGCCUCCGGAGCCCAGCAGUGCUGGGCCCUGUGUGUGGGCCCAUUUCUGUUUGGUGUGACAAGGAUGCACAGCUUCACCUGCAGGAGCCAGACCCUCCACUGCCUCGUCCUUCGCCGGCAGUUUUCCAGAAGGAUAUUGUCCUGUGUUAAAGGUGAAGAGGACAGCGACUGUAUUCCAAAUAAACAAGCCCGAGGGCAGCGUGUGGUCAGCCUGCCCAGGGAGAGUCGUGUCACCCAAGGGCAGAGGCAGUUCUCUGCCAGCAGGGCAGUCGGAAAGGGCCUAGCUUUGGCCUUUGUUCAUCUUAUGUCUUUUCUAGGAUUCGAAUAUUUAAUAUGCCCAGUCCUAAACUCGAGGAAUUUAAAGUAUUUAUACCAAAUCUCCCAGCACUUGGCAAGCUGUUCAUUUUGUGUCAUUUCUUCCAGGACCGACCUGUUCUGAUCUCCAAGCAGGCGUUUCUUUCCUUUUAGGGAUAUCUAAGAUCUGCAUCCUGUUUUUGAAAAGAACCCCAGUAACUUCCCUGUGUCCUUCUGAAUGAAAAGUAAAGGUUUUAUAUGAUGAAAAGUGAGUGACUUACAUCACUAGGACAUUCAAUCCCAUUUAUCUUCUGUGCAAAUAUCAAGACAGCACACUUGGAAAAUCAUGGCCAAAGGAAAAAGCCUGCGCUUCCACCUGUAGGAGCACGGACCCUUGAUCAGCCUUUACCUGGGUAAUAACGACCACUGUAUUUACCGUGAAUCCUUUUUUAAAAGAGAAGUCUUUGUAUAAAUGCUGAUGUAUUUCCAAAAAUGACUCAGAAAAUACAAAGAUUUUCCAGUGCUUAAGAUGUUAGGCCUACUAAAGACAAUGUUUUCUUUAA